AGAAUCAUUCGUUACUACAUGGAAAAGUGAUAAGGGUCAUGUGGUCUCGUCGCGAUCCUGAUGUGAGAAAAAGUGGCAGAGGCAAUGUUUUUGUUAAGAACUUAGCUGAAUCCAUAGAUAAUGCGGGAUUACAUGAUUUAUUUCAAAAGUUUGGAAAUAUCUUGUCCAGCUUUGGGAAUUGCUUUGGUGCUUCAAAUUGUUUUAGAGGGAAUGAUGAUAGUGAUACUUCUGAGAAGCCAUGGGAACGAGGUAAUAGAAUUGAGGUUGUGACUAAUUGAAUGAUGUUGUGUUUGAUUUAUUGAAUGAUGAUGAUGCUGAAAAUUCUGUUUGUUAGAGUGCAGAAUUUGUUGAA